AUGACUAAACUGAUAAAUCUAAACCAAAUGCGGUCACUUAAGUCUGUUUUAAAUGCGCUUGGACCAGGUCAUAUAUUACUGUUAAAUAUCAAUUUCGAUUACAAAAAUCAAAUUCGAUAUGCUUUUGUGCUCCCGAUGAUUACAUAUCUUUCAACUCGAUUCAGACGAGAUUUACAUGAACAGAAUAUUGAUGAUAUUUUGUUAACAUUCACCUUCUUCUGUUUGGUAGAAGUAACGCAUAGUUUAAGUUCAGUACAAAAUGCUAAUAUAUCAGAUACAUCAGAUCCGAAACAAGCAAAACGUGAUCUUAGUAUCAGUUAUUCCGCGGCUGAUAUUGGCUCUAAAGAAGGUACUCAUAUAAAGACAAUAACAGUAAUAAAGAAUAUCGUUGGUAAAAAAGACAAGCAAAUUAAAGUUGAUCCAAAACAACAUAAAGAUGAAAAUUGGGGUUCCAUUAUACGAGAUAAUUUUGACGAAUAUGGUAAAAUCCCAGAAAUACCAGAUAUUGAUGAACUUAUUGGUUACAAAAAACAUAAAAAAACAAACGAAGCAUCAGAUAAAGAAAAACCAAUGGAGGAGAAGAAAGUAAUUAAAGAGAAAAGUCCUGAAAUGAAAAUGAAAUCUGAUGAAAAAACCGACAACGCGGAGUCUAAUGGUGAAGCUGUAGCUGAAUCUGAUAAAAAAGAAGUAAUUGAAAAAAUUCCGGGAGAUGUUGAACUAAUAAAUACUGAAACUGCUAACUUACAACUAAGAUCUCAAUCUUUACCACAAUUUUCUGGACAAAAUAAUAUAACAGUCUUAAAACGAAAAGUUGAAAUACAAGGAUUACCCGAAAUUACAAAAUAUUUAACGCAGUACUCAACACCACAGCAUAGUGUAAGGCAGUAUUUCUUUCAAGGUGAUAAAAAAUUAAAUUUAAAGGAUGGUUUAAAAAAAUCGGCAAAAAUUAUUGUUCAACCAUGUGAUAGAGCUUAUCCAGCAUAUUCAAAAGAUGGUUAUCCAAUUUUAACAGUAAUAUUUUCAGGUAUUACAAUUAACAAUGGUGACAAUUCUGGAAGUGUGGUUAAGGUUACAACCCCAUCUGGACGAACUUAUGAUGUACCAUUGCCAACAACAACAAGCAAACCUCCGUACAUUGCUCCAAGUUUAAAAAAAACUAAUAACUUUAAUAGUAGUAGUGAUAGUAAUAAUAAUAGUAAUAACAUAAAUAACAAUAUAAAUAUAGGAAGGCCAGCAUUUAAUUUUAAUAACUUUUUGGGAACUCAACCAGUUAAUAUACCUGUUAAUCAACCUGUUGAAAUACCAAUUAAUAAUCCAGAUCCAACUACAGCCGCUCCUCCACCAACAAAUGCAACUACUUUAUUCCCAGCAAACAUACCAUUUGGUGUCCUACCAAAUCAACAACAACCAAUAAAUUUAAUACCAGGAAUUCCUGGCGUCAAUCAAGGCUAUAAUCCAAAUUAUAACCAAGGAUACAAUCCUGGGUAUAAUCAUGGUUAUAAUCAAGGAUAUAAUCCAUUAUAUAAAGGUUAUAACCCUCACGGUAAUGUGCCCAAUUACGGCUUCGUAAAUAAUAAUCAACAACCAGGAAAUAAUCAGUUCGGUAUACAAGGAAAUAAUCCUUUAUAUCAACAACCAGCAAAUCAACAGCCAAUCAACCAACAACCAGUUAAUCAACAGCCAAUUAACCAAGAUACUUCAGCAGUUACUUUUCCAAAUUUAGCAGAUAAUCCAAAUAAUGGUUUUUCAAUUACAAAUACUAAUAACUACAAUAAUCCUGGAUCAGGAGGUUAUACUUCAUUUGUUCCCACAUCAAAUAAAAUUAAAUAUGCUAUACCAUAUACGAAUUUACCAAAAAGAUCAAAUAAUGAAAAUUUUGUACCUAAGCAAAAAGGUAGAUCUAGAGGUUUAAGAUAUUAG